AUGUCUAAACAGUUCAACCACAGCUUCAACCAUGUGGGCGUUUCGGUACCCGAUCUCGAUGCAGCAAUCAAGUGGUACACGACAAACCUGAACUUCCGUUUACUGAAGGCCCCCCAAGAAAUCAAGGAAACCGGAAUCCCAGAGGUUGAUGAAAUAUUGUCCAAGAUUUAUGGCCACGAUCUCAAACACGUCAAAGUUGCAUGUCUGGCUACAGGGAAUGGGAUCGGCUUUGAACUCUUCGAGUUUGUUAGGCCCAAAUAUAGCGGACCAACGAGCCCGACGGAAUUUGGCCCGGACAAUUAUGCUAAAGGUGGCUGCUUCCAUAUGGGAGUGACUGACCCAGACCCGGAUGCUUUGUGCGAGCGACUGGUGCAGCAAGGAGGGAAGAAGGUCGGGGGCACCAUGAAUUUGCCAAAUGGUGAAUCAGUCUUGUACAUGCAGGACCCCUGGGGAAAUGUCCUUGAGCUGUGCAGCUGUAGUUUCGAAUCAAUGGUCUUGACCAAUUGA